GUACAAAACAGAAAAGAGAACGGAAAAAGACAGUGUCAUUCAGUAGCAUGCCUACAGAGAAGAAGAUCAGCAGUGCAAGUGAUUGCAUCAAUUCAAUGGUUGAGGGCUCAGAACUCAAAAAGGUUCGCUCCAACUCCAGGAUUUACCAUAGGUAUUUUUUACUGGAUGCCGACAUGCAGAGCCUGAGGUGGGAACCAUCUAAGAAGGAUUCUGAGAAAGCCAAGAUUGAUAUUAAAUCCAUCAAGGAAGUGAGAACAGGAAAAAAUACAGACAUAUUCCGCAGCAAUGGCAUUUCUGACCAGAUAUCUGAAGAUUGUGCAUUUUCAGUCAUAUAUGGAGAGAAUUAUGAGUCACUUGAUUUGGUUGCCAACUCUGCAGACGUUGCGAACAUCUGGGUUACGGGACUGCGGUACCUAAUUUCUUAUGGAAAACAUACACUUGAUAUGUUAGAAAGUAGCCAAGACAACAUGAGGACUUCUUGGGUUUCACAAAUGUUUAGUGAAAUUGAUGUAGAUAACCUUGGACAUAUAACUCUGUGUAAUGCUGUGCAGUGUAUCAGAAACCUCAAUCCUGGUUUAAAAACUAGCAAAAUUGAGCUUAAGUUCAAAGAAUUGCACAAAUCCAAGGACAAAGCUGGUACGGACGUCAGAAGGGAAGAAUUUGUCGAGGUUUUCCAUGAGCUUUGUACCAGACCUGAAAUUUAUUUCCUUUUAGUUCAGUUUUCAAGCAAUAAAGAAUUCCUUGAUACCAAGGACCUCAUGAUGUUUCUUGAGGCAGAACAGGGUGUGGCACAUAUAAAUGAGGAAAUAAGCCUUGCAAUUAUUCACAAAUAUGAGCCAUCCAAAGAGGGUCAGGAAAAGGGCUGGCUCUCCAUAGACGGGUUCACUAAUUACCUUAUGUCACCUGACUGUUAUAUAUUUGAUCCAGAACAUAAGAAGGUCUGUCAGGAUAUGAAGCAACCCUUGUCUCAUUACUUUAUAAACUCAUCUCAUAAUACGUACUUGAUAGAGGAUCAGUUCCGAGGUCCCUCUGAUAUCACAGGAUACAUUCGAGCUCUUAAAAUGGGUUGCCGGAGUGUUGAAUUAGAUGUAUGGGAUGGGCCAGAUAAUGAACCUGUAAUUUACACGGGCCACACCAUGACCUCUCAGAUAGUCUUCCGCAGUGUCAUUGAUAUUAUUAACAAGUAUGCAUUCCUUGCUUCAGAGUAUCCUCUUAUCUUGUGUUUAGAAAAUCACUGUUCUAUUAAACAACAAAAGGUAAUGGUUCAACACAUGAAGAAGAUUUUAGGAGACAAGCUCUACACAACAUCGCCCAACGUGGAGGAAUCUUAUCUGCCAUCCCCAGAUGUCCUGAAAGGGAAGAUACUAAUUAAAGCAAAGAAGCUGUCCUCAAAUUGCUCUGGAGUAGAAGGAGAUGUUACUGAUGAAGACGAAGGAGCAGAAAUGUCUCAGAGGGUGGGAAAAGAGAACGUGGAGCAGCCCAACAAUGUGGCUGUGAAGCGGUUUCAGCUCUGUAAAGAACUGUCUGAGCUGGUAAGCAUCUGCAAGUCGGUUCAGUUCAAAGAAUUUCAGGUGUCAUUCCAGGUUCAGAAGUACUGGGAAGUCUGUUCCUUUAACGAAGUGCUUGCCAGCAAAUACGCCAAUGAAAAUCCAGGGGACUUUGUGAAUUACAACAAACGUUUUCUUGCUCGGGUGUUUCCCAGUCCAAUGAGAAUUGACUCUAGUAACAUGAACCCUCAAGACUUUUGGAAAUGUGGUUGUCAGAUCGUUGCCAUGAACUUUCAGACCCCAGGACUGAUGAUGGACCUGAAUAUUGGCUGGUUUAGGCAGAAUGGAAACUGUGGCUAUGUCCUUCGGCCAGCCAUCAUGAGGGAGGAAGUUUCUUUCUUCAGCGCCAAUACGAAGGACUCUGUGCCAGGAGUCUCACCUCAGCUUCUCCACAUUAAAAUUAUCAGCGGGCAGAACUUUCCCAAACCCAAAGGAUCAGGUGCAAAAGGUGACGUGGUGGAUCCUUAUGUCUAUAUUGAAAUUCACGGAAUCCCUGCCGACUGUGCAGAACAAAGGACAAAAACAGUGCACCAGAAUGGAGACGCUCCCAUUUUUGAUGAAAGCUUUGAAUUUCAAAUCAACCUCCCUGAACUGGCCAUGGUGCGCUUCGUAGUACUCGACGAUGACUACAUUGGGGAUGAGUUUAUCGGUCAGUACACAAUUCCCUUUGAAUGUUUACAGACGGGCUACCGCCACGUCCCCCUCCAGUCGUUGACAGGAGAGGUGCUAGCGCAUGCUUCGCUCUUCGUCCAUGUGGCUAUCACUAACCGAAGAGGAGGAGGGAAACCUCAUAAAAGGGGCCUUUCUGUGAGAAAAGGGAAGAAAUCCAGGGAGUAUGCAUCUUUGAGAACACUGUGGAUUAAAACUGUAGAUGAGGUGUUCAAGAAUGCCCAGCCCCCUAUACGGGAUGCCACAGAUCUGAGAGAGAACAUGCAGAACGCGGUGGUGUCGUUCAAGGAGCUGUGUGGCCUCUCCUCUGUGGCCAAUCUCAUGCAGUGCAUGUUGGCGGUGUCUCCCCGCUUUCUGGGGCCUGACAACACACCCCUGGUGGUCUUGAAUCUCAGCGAGCAGUAUCCCACCAUGGAGCUGCAGGGCAUCGUGCCUGAGGUUCUGAAGAAGAUUGUGACAACUUACGACAUGAUGAUCCAGUCCCUCAAGGCGUUGAUUGAAAAUGCAGAUGCUGUGUAUGAAAAGAUUGUACAUUGUCAGAAGGCAGCCAUGGAAUUCCAUGAACACUUGCACAGCAUAGGCACCAAGGAAGGUUUGAAGGAACGAAAACUGCAAAAAGCGGUGGAGAGCUUCACUUGGAAUAUCACCAUCUUAAAGGGACAAGCGGAUCUUCUGAAAUACGCUAAGAAUGAGACUUUGGAGAACUUGAAACAAAUCCAUUAUGCUGCUGUUUCGUGCGGGCUGAAUAAACCAGGCACAGAAAAUGCUGACGGUCAGAAGCCGCGCCGGAGCCUGGAAGUCAUCCCUGAAAAAGCAAACGACGAAACUGGAGAAUGAGGGAACUUUCUAGAAAUCAUUAUGGAGUUUAUAACUCUAGGACCAAUUGUAGUCAAAUGGGACAUUUGCUUUGCACUCACUAAUGAAAAUAAUAUUUGGGAUUUUAAAGCACAACUGGAAUAGCUAAUUACAGCCUAUUAAAACUGUGAAUGUAUGUAGCAAUCCUGCGUGUGAAGGCAAAUAAACUCUUUAACAAGAAAUUAUAUUCCUGGCCAAAAUAUGCUAUAUUUGUAUACAAAGACAUCAUAACUCAGUUCCAGCGUGAACAACAGACUGUUCACUCUAGUUCCAGUGAGAAACAAACGUUUUCCUGACUGAAAACUAUUUCUUAAGAUGGAAAUGGAUUGUAUUGUCAAAUUAGUAUUUAUUGGAGAAAAACCUAAUCUACGCGUUUUACUUAAUGUGUGAUUGCCAGAGCCUCUGGGUGAUAGAUGAUUUUGGUGGCAUGCCUGCUGAGCCAUAAUUACUAAGGAGAAUGUAAGUGGACAGACUCCCUGAAUCCCCAGGGACCCUGGAGAGCCAUCGCGUACAAGGAGGACGUGCAAUUGGACUGAGGCGCCUGGCUGAAGACACACGCUGGGUAUAUGCACGAUGUAAAAGAGCCAGUCUGGAAGCAACACAUUGUAAAUAGUUUUUCAUUGUAUGAAGUAGUGUUCACAUUAAAAAGAUGUUUUAUGAUAUUUCUCCAAUA